AUGGAGCUGAACGAAAGCCCGCCGUAUCGUUCUAUACUUCCGUCAUUUGCUCAUCUUCAUGAACGAUCUGAGCUAGAAAGCGAUGACGAAAGUAUUACAGAUGCGGCUGAGCGGUUGCACAUUAAUGAAGAAAGCUCGAAUGCCCAACCUCCUCGACGACGCCCCGAAGCCCUACCUGAAGACCCCUAUGAAUCUCCCGAAUUUCGCCACAUUGCCUACAUAUCCGCAUGUGUGCGAAGAGACAUCGGGGAAUUGCAUCGCCUUUUUGAAGAUUAUCCGGACGAUGAUUUCGUUUCACAAGUUGAUGAGGAUGGUGAUAAUGGCGUUCUGUUGGCCGCUACGGAAGAGAACGGAAUAUUGACGGUAAAAUGGCUCCAGGAUCGAGGCGCGGCCAUUGACCAAAGCAAUCAUUUUGGCAGAACACCUCUUAUGGAAGCUUCUCUCUGGGGUCGUCUUGAGACUGUGCAACAUCUUACAGCCCAAGGAGUACAUAUUCAAAAACACGAUGCGAACGGGAUGAAUGCUCUGGAUCUGGCUCUAGCUACACUCCGCAAUAAAGGCGAGCGACGUUCGCGAGCAGGCCGUGUAUACAGAGAAGGCAACGAUGCGGAUGAUCAACGCGCCAGGGUUGAGAGCCACUUGAAGCGAUUGUCUCAUCACCCCGUCCAUUCGCCAGGAGCUGAAGACCAUUCUCGUCGUGGUUUGUCAUUCUUCCAGAGGAUGGCAGACGGAAAUCUUGCUCUGUACAGACCUAAAACUAUUCUUCUGGUCCCGGAUGGACAACCCUACAAGGCCUUUGCGGAACUUGAUCGGGGCUCAAAUUACCCAUUAGUAACCGCAAUGAGCGGCUACACCUUCCCGGGCUGGCGGAAUGUUCUCGACAACAAUCUGUGGGCUAAUAGAGCGGAUGAGCUGCGCAAACAUCUCGGCCUUCUAUCUGAUAUUCGCGCCGCUUCACACGUUGAGCCUCAGUUGCUGACUUACCUUGUCCACCAUCAUACCCUCGUUCAAUACUCUGAGGACGAAUACUUUGUACCAGGAGGCCUGCAGAGCUUCUUCGACGACUUGCUGCCGCUAGCCCAGGCCCCGGUCAUCACUGUCAGCAAGGAAUACUUGUGCGCAUCAUGUCAGACAUUCUAUGCCGCUUUCAGGCGCAUCUUUGCGACUUUAACUGUCCGUUUUCGUUUCGUUGGCGAAAAUGUGAAUUCGCUUGUCUAA